UGAGCCGCACGCUUACAUCGUCCACUCUACACACACACGCGCGCGCAUACACACACAGACGCACAGACUCAUAGGCACACACAGUGACCCUGCUGAAAGCGUGAAGGCGGCGAAGAAGGAGAGCGAGUGUUUACAGCAUCAUGCUCGACUGACUGAUCGUCGACGCUCCGAAAUCGAUGGAUUGGUUUUGAAAUCGUUUUCCUGAAAAGAAGAAGUAGUAGUAGAAGAAGAAAACAAAAGAAGAAAUCUGCUUCUGUGGGAGGUUUGUGGAGAGAGCGCGCUGUGCGGAGAGCGAGUGACAGAGCAAGAAAGGGAAAGAGAGAGGUAGAGAGGGAGGGAGGGAGGCAGAAAGACAGUGUUUCUUCAAUAUGGAACUUACAAUGGAGAACAUCGGCAACAUGCAUGGCGUCUCGCACUCGCAAGCGGGAGAAUUGAUGAACGCGUCGCACGGAAGACCGUCAUCAUCAGCGUCCCACCGGAACCUGGUGUCGCACGGGCGCUCAGCGAUGGUCUCCAGCAUGGCUUCUAUUCUGGAGGGCACUGCCGGCGAGUACCGGCCAGAACCAGCACUAUCGGGCCACCUGCACCCAGCGAUGAGUAUGUGUGAGUCAGGCAUGAGCCUGUCCAACACUUAUACGACCCUCACCCCGCUCCAGCAUCUGCCCCCGAUCUCGACCGUGUCGGACAAGUUUCACCACCCGCACCCGCACGCGCACCAUCACGCCGCGCACCAGCGCCUCGCCACGGGCAACGUGAGUGGAAGCUUCACGCUCAUGCGAGAUGACCGCGGCCUGGCCUCCGUCAGCAACCUGUACGGACACUAUCCUAAAGACAUGUCCGCUAUAGCGCCGCCCUUGUCGCCGCUGUCCAACGGGCUCGGAUCUCUGCACAACUCUCAGCAGGCUCUGUCCGCGUACGGGCCGAGCGCGCACCUCGCCAACGACAAGAUGCUCUCCGGCGGCUUCGACUCCCAUGCGGCGAUGCUCUCGCGCAGCGAGGAGCACAUAGCCCGCAGCCUGGGGGGCCACGGACACGGCAUGAUCUCCAACCUGAACGGCAUGCACCCCCACGGACACUUGCACUCGCAGGCCAACGGAUCCAUGUUGGGCGAACGCGAGAGGCACGCGGCUGCAGGCGGGCAUGGCGUUGGCGGGAACGGUGGUGGCUCGGGCCAAGUGGAGGAGAUCAACACGAAAGAAGUGGCUCAGCGCAUCACGGCCGAGCUGAAGCGCUACAGCAUCCCGCAGGCCAUUUUCGCGCAGAGGAUCUUGUGCCGCUCGCAGGGCACCCUGUCGGACCUGCUGCGCAACCCGAAGCCCUGGAGUAAGCUGAAGUCCGGUCGCGAGACCUUCCGGAGGAUGUGGAAGUGGUUACAAGAGCCCGAGUUUCAGAGGAUGUCCGCGCUCAGGUUGGCCGCCUGCAAAAGGAAGGAGCAGGAGCAGCACAAAGACCGCAACCUGGCGCCAAAGAAACAGCGGCUGGUCUUCACCGACCUGCAGCGGCGCACGCUCAUUGCCAUCUUCAAGGAGAACAAGCGGCCCAGCAAAGAGAUGCAGCUCACCAUUUCGCAACAGCUCGGACUGGAGCUCUCAACCGUGAGCAACUUCUUCAUGAAUGCCCGCCGUCGCUGUGUGGACCGCUGGCACGAAGAACCCAGCACCAGCCCUGGGCAGCCUGGCACCUCAGCCACCACCUUCUCCAAGGCUUGAACGUCCAUCCAAACUCAUACACUGAAACCUGCUUGGCUGGGCAUGGCUGAUACUGGAUGCCCUGGUUGUUGGACACCAGACGCCCGUGAUCGGUGAUAGAAGUGUCGGCGGGCACUGUCUUUUAGCCUGUGUGUUUUUAUUUUACAUUCUGAAAUUCACUUUAGGAUGCAAUGAAUGGAAGUUUUAUUUCAAUGACAUUUCUCGUUUUCAUGUCAUUUGCCCAAGAAGGCCUAAGGCCUGGUCUGAGGGGAGGCUUGAUAUUUAAGCCUUAAGCCUUCAGUUCUCCUCAGUUCCCUUCAUUUUUUAGAGUUGCACCAGGUGAACCAGGAUUUGUUUUUGUCUCUUGACUAGGUAGUAACAAAUAAGGGAGAGAUGGCAAUAAGUGUCCUGGCGCGUGCCCCUAUAGUUCUAUAGUGUGAUCAAUCAGUUGUCCUGCUCGAAAUCUUUAAUCAUAUUCAUUUUUUUUUUUUGGUACAAAUUUGAUCUUUGAUAAUCAGAGUCGUGGGGACUGGCUGCGAGAAUUUACACGAAAAUGGAGUUUUGCGCGUUACAAUCAUGCCUCAGACGCGCCACUCGUCUAAAUUCUCUGGCCACGUUUCCUGUCCCGAUUUUCUCGAUCGCGUCUCGGUUUUGUUCACUGCCAGCGUGGCGCCGUGCUCUUGCUUCAGCACAACGACAAAAGGGAUGGGGAAAGAAUCAAUCAGUCCUCUGAGCCGGCGCCUACAGAAUCAUUUUUUUUCACGCCAAGGGGCCGGACAGAGCGGUCCACAUGCACAGAGCAACGGCGCCACCUCCUGGACAACAGCCAACAUUCACCUUCGAGUUUUCUUUUCCAGCUCCUGCAGUCUGAUAGUCUCACCAGUUUUAUGGGGGCCAACCAAAGUUUCACAACGCCCAAAUGCCAAAUAAUCUCCUUUUUUUGUUUGCAUGAGUUUUGAUAUUUGUAUCCAAAGGAUUUUUUUUUUCCUCUUUGAUUUACCAAAGAUAAAAAAAGAAGAAACAAUCAUGAAUCAGAGGGAGUAGGGUAGAGUUCAGCUGCUGCUUGCUUCCUCCUGUGCAUGGAGGAAGGCAGUGUCUAGUGGCCAAACGUGAAGGUAAAAUGUCACUGUAUGAUUGAGUGCCAAUGACAGAUGCCUUAAUGAUAAUCACGGAGGAUGGCGUGGCUCCGAGCCGCUCUGUCUCCCCGCCCCAAAAAAAAACCCCUCUCGUCCCUCCCUCCAGUCUCUAAAGUAACAGAGGAACCGACAAAUCAUGCAAAGCCGCUCAUUCUCAACAUGAAAAUGUGUUGAAAUUACGUCACAAGGUUAAAACCAUACCAAAAAUAUGAAAUGUAAAUAUCUUCUCUUCUUCUUUCUUCCUUCCUUCUUCCUUUUCCCCCUAUCCCCAUCCCACUCCCUAACCUCCUUUUCACCCUACCCGUCUUCUUCUUCCUCCUCCUCCUCCUCCUCCUCCUCCUCUCUUUUCCUCUAUAAUAAUGAUGCGGGUAUUUAGUACCAUAGACACAAAGUUUCUAUUAAAUGUAACUCUUUGUGCUCUGUUGUGCAUAAACUACAAGUGAAGAAGCACCUUGUUAACGAAGUUGCGGAACAAACAAACUCUGAGAAAGACAAACUGCCGAAAUCAGAGACAGAAAAAAAAGGGUUGUUGUGUAAACCGGAACAGGACAAAGUUUGUGGAAAAAAAAAAAACCGGACUCCUGAAACUGGAGCGACCUCUGAACUUCAACCUCUCUGAGAUCAGAUCUGUAACAGUCGUGAUCAUGGCCGCAGAAGGAAACCUGCACGCCAUCAGGCUGGAUUCUGGAUUAUAUAUUGAGUUCGCAAGUGGCUAUCAUCAACAUACCUGAAAUUUCAUUUUUAAAAUUAGAGUGUGAAUGUAUUGUAUGAAAAGGCCAAAGUUAUAUUUGUAGCAUCGAACAGAAAAGUUCACACACACACACACACACACACAAAAUCAAGUGAUCAGUGAUUAGUGACCAAGUCUAGAGCCAGCUAUAGAGCCAGAGAGGUUCAGAGGUUUUCUGUUUUUCUUCUUCUUCUUCUUCUUCUUCUUUUUCUUUUCUUUUCUUUUUUUAAAGCAAGGUUCUUAAACAAUGUUGUUUCAAAGUCAAAAUGUGAAAAAAAAAAAAUCUGAACAUACACACAUCGUUUGUAGUGAGAACCAGUGCGGCUACCUCACAGAAUAAUAGUGGCACAUGGGACACAGCCACUGAUACCAAAGAUAUUUCAGCCUGCCAGUUCUACCAAACCACACUCAUUAUUGCCGUACUCCAUUUCUCCAUGUCAUUCCACACACACACACACACACACACACACACACACACACACAACUACAUAAUAUCAAUGUAGCGACAAACAGCUUUUCCUUGGUAUUACAAUAGCACACAAACAGAAUCUCUCACUCUCUUACACACACACACACAACUACAUAAUAUUAAUGUAGCGACAAACAAUUUUUCCUUCUUAUUACAAUAGCACAGAGUCUCUUUCUCUCACUCUCUUUCUUACACACACACACACACACACACACACACACACACACAGAGCAGUCAGACUGCAUUAUGCCACGGUGAAGGAGGUGGCUCCUAUGCAGUAUACGUUGAGUGCCUUUUUCCUUCAACCACGGGUGGGAUUGCUCUGGACACACACACACACACACACACACACACAUACACAGACACACACACAUAGCAUAAUUCUUGUGUCCUAUUAGAGGCCUCACUUUCCAUUCUGAUAAAGAAGCACUUUGUUUUAGUAGAAAACAUUUUCUUUUUUGCUGUAUUUAUUUCAUAAUUUAUUUAUUUAUUUAUUGACAUAUGUAUGUAUGUGUAUGUAUGUAUGUAUGUAUGUAUUUAUUUAAAAAGGGUGCUUUUUUUCCUCUUCUUUCCAUCCAAAAAAGUGUUUGGAUCACCGAGGAGCGAUUUGCUAAGUGUGCAGUGUGAUUUUGCUCCUAAAGGCACCAACGGAGCACACACACACACACACACACACACUCCCAACAGAGCUAUUUUUGUGUGUCUUACAGUAUUCCGGGAGUGUGUAUAUGUGUGCUGGUGGUGCUGUGAUCAACUUAAUCACAUGCCUUUUAUUUAUUAUUAUUAAAAAAAAAAAAAAAUCACAAUCAUAAACAUCUGGCCAAAUCCCAUCCGAUUACCGAUUAAUUCUCCUCCGCCAAUCACGUGUCCUUCGGCUGGUGGUACAACCUGGCAGGCAUGUGUUGACAAUGAAAAUUCUGAUAUACCUCAAAAGCUUUAAUGUAAAGGCUAUGUAAUGAAACAAUAACAAGGAUAGUUACUGAUACCUAAAGAUGAUGAAUAUUGCUUAAAUAAUAGUUUUGGAAAUAUUGUGACUUGAAGCUUUAUACUGUUCUGUAAUCUCGUUUAUUUCUCUCGCUUUGCCAUUGUUGAUUUGGGUUUUUAUACCAGUAGCAUGCUCCCUAAACUUCCACCUAUUAUUUAUUUAUUUAUUUAUUUAUUUAUUUAUUUAUUUAUUAUUAUUAUUUUUUUUUUAAAUCUUCUUUAAUUUAAGUUGAAGGCAAGACUUCCUGAAUGUUAGACCUGUAAAAAAAAAAAAUGUGUUGCAGAGUUACCUUUUUUUGUCAUGUCAGAUAGAGCCUGGACAAAAUGAAUACAUUUUAAAUGAUACCAAAAAUAGAAAAACAAACAAACAAACAAAAAAAAAAGUUGUAGGUUUUAGGGAUACGGGGAAGAAGGGAGCGUAGGCUGAAGCGUGAAAUGUUUCAUGGAGCAAAACCAUCACUGAAAUGUUAUAAGCAAAUCUGAUUAAGUUAUUUAUUUAUUUAUUUAUUUAUUUUGGGCGGGAGGGGGUUGUUUUUGAAUUCAUAUACGCAAUUGCAUUUCUGUUUAGAUAAUGUUACUUGUGUGUUGUUCCAGUGAUUCUGAUAUUUAAAAAAAAAAAAAAAAAAGAAAGAAAGAAAGAAAGAAAGAAAAAAAAAAGAAAAAAAAAAGAAAGAAAUCCAGAAACAGCAGCUCUGUUGUUAGGGAGAUGCAGACCAUUCUUUUAUGCAUGGAUAUUAAACUAAGUGUGUAGAAAAACCGCAGGAUUAUUUGUCCGUCUUGGCCAAGGAGAGGGGGAGGAAUGAAGUCACAUCAACCGGGGUGGGAUAGGUGUCCGUCCAAAUGGAUUCAAAGGCCAUCUGAGUUUUUUAUUUCUUGUGCAUUUUUGUUGUUGCUUUGCUUCCCCCCCCCUUCUCUUGUUGAAACGCAUGCGUUGUAUUCUCUCCUCUCCUCCGCCUCUCCUUCCUUACGUUGCAUUUAAACUGUAUAUAUGAAUUGAUAAGCUAUGGAGGGUCUCGGUCGCCCAGCUAUCUGUCUUAUUUUCUUUCCUCACACUGCGUUUCUGCUUUUAUGAUUUACUCUGUUGUCUAUUGACCCCCAUAGUCCGUGUGCCAGGCGGCCGGCCCCCUCCUUCCAGCCGUUGUCAUCUUCUUGAGUCGGAGUGGAGCGUUGGAGGGCGUUUUUUCGAAGCCCCCCAGUGGCCAUGUUUCUCUCCCUCCUCUGGUCCCCGAAAAUCAAUCAGAAAACAAGUGUCUUUGUGAUGGUAGAAGACAAUCAAUUUCCAAUGAGGAGGAGAGAGAAAGACAGGAACCAAAAAGAAAGAAAGAAAGAAAGAAAUUAGAAGAAAGAAUGCUCGGAAAAGAAAAGGUAAAGUCGCUGUCCAGCGGCUGAGAUUUAAAGACCGGGUGAAAGAGAUCCUCAGAGAGAUGACAGAGUUCUCCUCCAAACACUGACCUUUAAAUCCAAUAAAAAUCACAACAUUCGGUUUUUAGGGACUGGUCCGAAUCACCUCUGUAGCCUCUGAUUCACACAUAUUGGGUCUGUCCACAUUAUUCAUUUCUUAAAGGUUUCCUUUUAUUUCUGUGAGUGCGACUACCACUGAUCAGCAAUCUUAGUCCGAGACCUUUAAUAAACACGAGUCAUUAACACGCCGCUCUCGCCAUGACAUUUCCCUUCACACCGAUCUUCAUGAAGGCCUCCCACUUUCCCAGUCCAACAGGAUUAUAUACUCUCGUCUGGAAAUGAAAUGGUGGGUCCAUAUUGAUCUGAUUCACACAAACAUCUUUGGUAGAUGAAUAACACGACCAAAUUCAGCCCUUUAACGUUUUAAUGCACUGAAUAAAUGUAACCACAUCCUCAGAGGUAGAACAUUAGAGCUUUGUAAAUUCUGGUCAUCUAAUGAAAUGUACCCUUAGAGGAAAGUUACAUGAACUUCACACCACGUUUGGUUUGGUUUUUCUCUUGAUGAUUCAUUUGUGACUUUUCCACAGUUUCUUUCCAUUUUUAGACAAUUCAUUUAUGUUCAUCUGAGUUUUUACACAAUUGAUUUUUCCCCCCCCUUACCAUUCAUUUUAUUUCUUACCAUUAAUUAACGAUUCAUUUAUUUUCACCUGAAUUUUACACAUGCUUUUUUUUGUAAACCUUUUUUUUGUGUCUACAUGUGAUUUUUCACAUGUGAUUAAUAUGCAUUUUCCCAGUUUAUGUCAUUUAUUUCCACAUAAUUGUUAUACAAUCGAUUUAUUUGGGAUCUUUACACCCAGUAUAUUUAUUUCCAAAUUCCACCUUUGAUUUCAGAUGCUUUCUACAUCCCGUGUGAAUGUCUUUUCUUUUUUCCACAUUUCAUCAUCUGUUAUUAUAAUCACAUGAGAAAUGUUUGCGAUUUUUCUGUAAGGGUACUGUAAUCCUACAAAGACACAUAAAAGUUAGAUUUCAGUGUCAUUUUUCCACAAGUGUGCUAUAAAGUGUGUAGUGUCUGGAGAAGAGAAAGAGGAGUGAAAAAUCAUUUUUGCACAGAGAGCUAUGCAAACACCCCCCACAUCCUUUUCUCUCUCUCUCUCUCAUGCUCACACCCUACAUCGGUCCAUCAUUCCUUUCUUCCUCCAUCCAUCCAUCCAUCCAUCCAUGCAUGGUAUUCCUCGACAUCACCUCUCACUCAGGGUAUUGGGAUUAAAUGCCUGGAGGAACAAUCACAGCACAGUGUAUUAUCACAGGAACUCGCUCAUAGCCGUCACGCUGUUUCCAUAUAGGACAAAAGAUCAGCUUUAUUUUUCAAAGAAGUGCCUAUGCUACAUGCACCGAUGCUCAUCCACCCUAUCAGGUUUCUCUCUGUUUCUCACACUAGGUGGCACUGUAGGCAAGGAAUUAAGACUCGGAUCUGGAACUGGAGCUCAGACCACACACUCACACAAUUUAAACCAUGGUUUUAGAGUCCUAAUAGGUACAUCACUAGAAUUUGCAUUUUAAAUUUCUAGAUUAAACAAGUGAAAAGAGAGAGAGAGACUGGUAGAGAGAAUGAUGAGACAAGUAAGACGGUCAGACACAUGAUCUUUGCACACGUGAUGAUCUCUGCACUACGAGAGUGCCUGUGGGAACCAAAGAUUGUAGGACUGACAAUCUAAACUGACCUAACUCUUCAUCCAUCACUUCAUUCAUUGCAUACGACCCAGUGAUGACUCUCUGACACGUACAACACACAGAGCUCUGUCAUUUCCUCAGAUCUGUUCUCUCUGUCUUGAUCUCAUCGUUACAGAGGGCCUGUACAGUUCCUUAUGUUCAUGUGUUGUGUCCUUUAAAGAAGGCAAAAACUGAGUAAUAACUGUUACAGAACAUAAACGAACUAAAACGACUAGUAUUGAUACAUAAAUCGAUUGUGUGUUUUUGGUUAAUUAAAUAA